CAUCAGUUUUAGCUUGAAGGGUGAAUUAGAUUUUAAUGACGUGCGUAAGGGGUUUAUCGGACUAUAAUCUUUAGUCAUCUACCGCAUCUGUGUUUAUCGGUAACUCCUGUUUUAUCACCCGAUGCUUAUUCGACUUUAAAGGGGCUUUCUGUUUUAUGUGAGUGGAGUGUGUGUAUUGGCGGGCUCCCAGACGUCUGUUACAAAUGUGACCGCGCUGCAUGUCCAAUACACAAUUCUUUCCACCUCUAUAUUUCUUUUCCCUGCGCCGCCGCAGUGUUUUGACAUUUGCCUUGUUCCCGCAGUAGGUCUGCUGACCGCGAAUUACUUUACUGCGCUGUUUCUGACGUUUUUAAUUGUGUCGGCGCACUAAACCUGCUUUUGCCGUUUCUUUCACAUUUUCACGAUGUUUGCUUUAUGACUUUUAGCAUUCUCAAAGAUUUCCACAUUGCAUGUGUUCUGAUCUGCAUUUGCUUUUUCUGCUUCAGGUUGCCAUCAGGUUGGUGACAAGUGGACCGUCACAUUUGACAUGUCCUCCAUCUCCGCCAGUGACAAUGUCCAGCUCUCUGAGCUGCGGUUCCGACUGCCCGAGUUCAGCACCGCCAAGCAUGCCACCGUGGACAUCUUUCACUCCCGAAGGCAGCCCUGUUCCCAAGAGAUGAAGCCUUGCCCCGAAGAGCGCCUCCUACUGGGAAGCUUCAAUGCCUCACCCAGCAGCAUCAAGUCUUCCUGGAAGGUCUUCAAUGUGACGGCACUGCUCAGGUAUUGGCUGCACCAGGGGGAAUCCUCUCCUGGUCAGGUGGAGGUUGUGGAGGACCCGGUGCCACAGGACCACGAGGAACACCAGGCGGAGAAGGAGAAUCCUGAGCACAGGCUCAGGCGCCCGGCACAGAGGCAGGUCCAGCACCCAACAGCUGACCGGGUGAUGAUGGUGGUCUUCUCCAAGCAUAGGAGGGAGCCGGACGGCCAGCACACCCCCACUCUCAUCCGCACCGUAGAGCACUCUAAGUACGUGGGGCUGGACCGGGGCAGCCAGGACUCGCAGAACCGACGACACAAGAGGAACCGCAUGGAAAAGGAGCGGGUGCGAGCGGCAGGUGGCCCAGUGGUCACCCCGCUCCCUGCGGAGGCCGGCCAGCGGCCUCUGUGCCGGAAGGUGGACAUGUGGGUGGACUUUGACCAGAUUGGCUGGAACGAGUGGAUUGUGUACCCCAAGCGUUACAAUGCUUUCCGCUGCGAGGGUGAGUGCCCCACCCCAGUUGAUGAGUCCUUCAAGCCAACCAACCACGCCUACAUGCAGAGCCUCCUGAAGCUGUAUCACCCAGAGCGCGUGGCAUGCCCAUCCUGCGUGCCCAUCCGCCUCAGCCCGCUCUCCAUGCUAUACUACGAGAAUGAUGGCGUGGUCCUGCGUCACCAUGAAGAUAUGAUCGUGGAGGAGUGUGGCUGCCACUGAGUGGGUGUGGCUGCCACUGAGUGGGUGUGGCCUCCACCCACCAUCCCAUUGCCCCGCACCGUAAAGCAACUCCACAGUCACUUAAGCGGGUCACCAGUCAAAACUAAGAAGCUUACUGACAAUCCCAGAGGUGCAAAACAAAUCCUUAACCCUCAGGACUGGAAGACACAAGACACAAACAUACCAAAGAACUUUGGUAGUUGGCACUCCUACCUUGUGUCCUGCAAGGUUCUUAUUUAACGUUAAUCUCCAGCUGUGGGUAAAUGCAGGUCACCCACAGUAACGUUUUGAUAGUUGUCAUGACUGUGAUAGCUCUUUAUUUCUUCUGAUGUUUUGAAGGUUGACUUAAAUCUUUGAUUUUUAUGUCACUCUUGUAAUGUUAAAUAUUACAAGAAUGUAUUUUAAUAUUUUAAGUGAUUUUUUUUUCUUCGUGGUAUGGAAAUAUUUGUUGCAUUGUUUUUCCAUUCAUAGUAAAAAAAUGUAUAUAUUUUUAGAGUGCUAUGAAAUUUCUGCUGAAAUGUUCAGAGACAAGUUAUACAUUUUUGUACUUUCAAUGCAACAGCAGAAGUAAGGGAAUCCUAAGAAUCAUAUGAAUUUCAUGAAUAGUUCUUUGAUUAGGUCUUUGUUAAACAGGCUAUAUUAACAUGUAUGCUGAUAUUUCACAGUGUAAUUAAAAUUAUAUUUUUGUAAAUGACUUUGUAAAAAGAAUAUUAAUAAAGCACAAUAUUUUAUUGAUUCAAAA